CCUGAGCGCCUGCAGCGCCACCAAUGCUGUACUAAAAACGACAGCCGUCUUCGCAGCUGGCAACACUAUCUCUUUCCAUUUAUUUUCGUGAAGUUUUCAAGCUUCCUGGCAAAAUGGCAACAUCAUCCCAUCUAAACUGGCUGAUUGUGCGGAACUGCAACUCGUUCUUGCUGAAGAAGCGUGACAUUCCGAAGCCCUUCAGCACAGAGCGCAACAACCUCACGAACCUCAGCUCGUACAGAUACAGCGGCCUGGUGCACCAUAAGACGCUGGCUGUGGUGCCGGCCGACAAGAAGGGCUUCACGGUGGUGUACAAGAAGAACAAGCUUCAGAACAAGCCGGCCAAGAGUCUGGUGAAGGUGACCAUGAAGUCCGGCCCCAGGCGCUCGCUGCACAAGCUGAAGAAGACGCUGCAUGCCCAGAAGUACCGCAAGGACCUGACCAAGGCCGCUCUGAGGCGCGCCAGCGCCGUUCUGCGUUCCCAGAAGCCCACGGACACGAAGAAGGCGAAGAAAGCCAAGAAGGCUGAGUGAAUGUAUUCCCGGGAUCAGGAAUUAAUAAAAGGCACUCAGUGGAAGUGAAAAAA